GCUUCCUAGUUGGCUGGCAGAAACUUCCAACUAAGAGACCCAGAAACCUUCAUUUGCUCGUGACCCAGGGGGAUUUCCUGAAUCAUUCUACAGAGAAGACCUUCCGUAAUAAUCACAGACUGACUACUGAAGUUGACUGAACUGACCCCUCUUGAAGUGUGACAUCAUGGCAAUGUCAGGGAUUACAGUUGACGACGAAGUUGGUACCGUCUUCCAGGAAAUGAAGUUACGUCGCGAAUUCAGAUGGGCCAUCUUCAAGAUCAAAGAUAAUAAGUCUGUGGUUUUGGACACCAAGGCCACGGGGGAUCAAGGCUUCACCGAGUUGUACGCCAGCCUGAAGGAAUCGGGUGAACCGCGCUACGCCCUCUACGAUGUUCCGCAGGAAUUGGGCGUACGUUCAGACAAGUUGGUCUUCCUCUUCUGGUGCCUUGACAGUUUCAGUGCACCCCAAAAAAUGAUUUACGCAUCAACCAAGGAUACUGUCAAACAAGUUUUCACUGGCUUAGGAAGUGAAAUUCUAAUAAGCGAGGACGACGCUGGAUACGUCCAGAAUGAACUAAUCAGAGAAGCGAAAAAAGCUGAGUAG